AUGAAGGUUGUGUCAAAGACUUGGUUUCUUAGAGUCUUAUCGGCUUGUUGUCAUGAAGGGUUAAUUAAAGAGGGUCAGUCUGGUUUGUUGGAGAAGGGUGAAAAGCUUAUUAAAACAAUGCCAAUAGAGGUAGAUGCUAUGGUGUGGGGUGCUUUGUUCUUGUGGAAUUCGUAG